UCCUUUUAAAGAUGGCGGCUGUCCGUGAGGCCGCGCGCGGCUCCGUGUUCUUCGCGCCGUCGCCCGGUGUUGUCGCCGUUAGUCCCGAGCAGAGAGCGUCCGUUUAGACGUCAUGCGCAGUGUUCCCGGAUGCCUCGCGUGAACCGGACGGCCGUGUUGUUGCUGCUGAUCCUCAGCAGCUCCGUGUUCCUGUUGUUCCAGCUCUACUACUACCGGAAGUACGUCAGCAAGCCUGGCCCUCACAUCCUGAGCCGGACAGGUCACCUGACCGCCAGUGACCUCCAAUGGCAAACCGUGAAGAGGUUUCUGGGGUUGGCUCAGCGCUACGGGCUGCCACUGUUCCUUGCCGACACGGCCGCACUGACGCUACUCUCCCAGGAUGCUUUGCGGCAGCGCGACAGGCUGGUGCGUGAGCCGCACUGCAGCUUCCUGUGCACCGGACGUCCAGUCACGUCCUUCGCCCUGUACGCCAACCUGUGGAAGUAUGACCCUGGCUUCCUAUUGGCUACUGAGCAGAAGGGCUUCGAGCUGCUGGAGCUGCGAGGAGACGACCCGCGACUGGCCAGUCUGGAGACCCUAUCAGGAGAGGAGAUCCCCCUGCACCUCCUGCUUCGCCUCAACGGUUACAUCAUCCAGGUGGACCAGAAACACCUCGAGACCACAUGGUAGACCAGAAACAUCUCU